CCAUCCAUCCACCCAUCCACAUCACGGGAGAGUUGCGCAGCCGAAGAGGCGGAAAUAUAUAGCUCUUUCACUAGUCGCCAAUCAUGCCGUACUGGAAGGGCGAGAAAUGGGCUUGCUACUCUUGCACCAAAGGUCACCGCAGCUCAAAAUGUACCCACUACGACAGGAUCCUCUACAAGGUGCGGAAGCCCGGAAGGCCUCUCAACAACUGUCCACAUGUCCUGCCGGAUUCCAUUCCACCGGGGACCUUCGUCAAUACAUCGGCAGAGUCCAUGGCAAAUGGGAAUCCCCCCAUGGAGGCUUGCAACUGUGGCGGUGAUCUCGUGCAGGUUGCCAUACCUAAAGUGAAAAGCUGCUCCUGUCUGAAACGAGAAACUGUGGAUACCAUUCAGCCUCUACCGCCUCCUACACCUCUACCCACGCUACCCGAAACGAAUGAUGCCGCGCAAAACGGAGUCAAGAAAGGCCGAAUCAGCAAGCGGCCCAACCCGCGGCGGAAGAAAAGCAUAGUCUCGGAAGAGGCCGUGGAAGCUUUCAGGUCGGAGGCAGCCCGGGUGGAAUCGGAGAAAACAGGUGCACCAAGGCUGGGAGAAAACAGCAUAGUCACCCCGAGCAGAACGCCGUGCACCGAUCCUGGAUGGCAUGCGUUCGAUGUCCUCACUGGUCCUGUUCCUACCCAGCAAGGCAUCAGCGUUGUAAAGCGACUCGUCCCUCGCGACGACCCGCCCGCAGAUCCGAAUCAGCCGUUUGGCCAGACGAUUUCGGAAGUGAACAAUGAUUGGCCGCAACGGAUAUCAGGACCUCCACCGAUGUCGUCAGCGGUCAGUGGUAUCGAUCAUCUUUCAAUGUCUCAGGCUUCAGCGCCGGGUUUCCCCGCAACGAAUCCAGAUUUCAAUCCCGUGUUUCCACAUCUAGAGGGAAAUCCAUCGUUUAUCGACCAGUUCAUGAAACCUUCGACGAACUUUUUCACCCAGGCCCCGCCUAACCUAGCGCCGAUACCGCAGCAGUCCGUCGCCCUCUUCGCGCCAGCGGAGUCUUCCUACGACCGGCUGCCCAACCUAAACACCUCCUUGCAUGGGGAUGGAUCCAGUUGCUGUGAAAAGAGGACUGCCCCUGCACCAAUCCCCACGAAGCCACCACCGGGUGGCAACCUCAAUGUGGGAACCGUGACGGUGGAACUUACGCAACAGGAAUGGGCGGUUAUACAACAGGUUCGAGCUGCAAACAUCGAUUUUAUGGAACUGUCGAAGGUGAUUAGCAGUGGUCAACUACCAUUCAUAACACUGCGCGGCCAAAGCACAGCCGGAACGGAGGACAGCAAUCUCUCCAGCAGUGCCAACAGUCCCUGCGCAAACUCAGCCUACAGCUCCUCCUCCUCCCCCGCCAACAACGGAAACGGUGGUGGUGGUGGUGGCGGUGGUGGUGGCGGCUGCUGCAGCACCAAACCCAAAUCCCCACCGCCACCACCCCCCUUCACCAGCCACGUCGGCUGCUGCUGCGGCGGAAACCAGCAGCAGCAGCAAAUCCAACCGCGCGAGGAAAUCCUCAUGACGCCCAGCUCCCCGCGCUGCAAAUGCGGCGACUCCUGCCGCUGCGUGCCGUGCGCCGACCAUCCGCACAACCCGGCGAUGCUCGCUCACAUCCGCCAGAACAUGGAGCUCAUGGAUGCGCCGCAGCAGGGAAUGUUCGAUCCCUCCCUUGGCGGCGGCGGCGGUGGAAACAUGAACUCGGGCUUCAGCCCUGAGGGACCGCUCGCGUACGAUGGCUACCAUGACGAUGGCGACGCCGACGCCCCCCAGGACUCUAUGGGCGACUUCAAUGACUUCGUCAUCUGCGACUAUAAGUACGGCACGGGGUGUGCCGAGGGCAUGGGCGGGUGUAAGUGCGGCGAGGGAUGCACGUGCAUCGGCUGUCUUACGCAUGGCGGGCACGAUGGAAUGCUGCUCGAUAUGAAGAGCGCGGAUAGGGGUGGUGGUGGUGCUGGGGGUGCUGGCGAUAAUGGCGGCGAUGGCGGCGGAGCCCGGGGUUAGGAUUUCUGGGCUGGUAGGCUUUGAUUCGUCACUUUUUCUGGGCGGGAGGGAGGGGGUACGGCGUUUGGGUGUAUUUGAGCAAACUCUGCUAUAAUUUCUUGCCUGGGGGGCUUGCUUGCAUUGCAUUGCAUGUCUUUACUUACAUGUCUUUACAUGUCUUUAUAUUACGGCUGGCUGGCGGGCACCUUACUUACACGAUUGUUUACUACUUAGCUUACGUAUGUGCUUUUAUGUGCUUUUAUGUGCUUUUAUGUGCUUUUAUGUGCUUGAGAUGGGUUGGGUUGGGUUGGGU